UUUUUUCCUUUUGAAUUUGAUAUAAAAUCAAGCGUGAACCCUUGCUUAGUCUUUCAUCGUUCUCUCUUUCUUUUCAUUAUCUACUUAUGUUUCAUAAAACCCUUAUACCUGCUGUAGCUAAGCUUUACAGCACACGCUCACUGACUACACUAACAAGAAAUACACUUUUAAAGACCAAUCUUUCUCGAUCGAUCUCUUUCAGUGGACAACCGAUCUUACCCCAGAUCCUCAAGCAAAGCAAACCGGCAUCUUACGCUUUAUUCCAUACUCAAUCUGUAAACUACAAUAGAGUUGCUGAACUAUUGAAAAAGGAAGAAAAUGAAGACGAAAGCUUCCAAUUUGAUAAGUUGGAUGAUACCAAAAUAGAGCCAGUUAAAGCCAGAUUUGAUUCUGUCACCUCUCUCAACCCCAGAACUAAGAAAGCCCUCGAAAGAGUGUUCAGAUAUCAGGAAAUGUCACCAGUGCAAGAAGCCGUGCUUACUCAACUGCCCGAUUCAUCCGAUAUGUUUGUCAAAGCCAAAACCGGCACGGGUAAAACACUAGCAUUUUUAAUUGCAGCUUUGGAAACGUCUACAGCAGGAUUUGACGAAGCAGCUUAUAAGCAGUUCAAAGGGUGCUCCAUUCUCGUUAUCUCCCCUACUCGCGAAUUAGCGAAUCAAAUUGCUGACGAAGCCGAGAAGUUGACAAAAUUCUAUCCUUUCAAGGUGCAUUGCUUAGUAGGAGGUGAAUCUAAACCACGUCAGAUUCGUAACUUGGACAGGUAUCGCGGCGAUAUCAUCGUCGGCACCCCUGGUCGUUUGAAUGAUAUGUUAAAGUCAGUAAAGCACUUUAAAAAAAUGUGUGAAAAUUUGAAGGUUUUGGUUUUGGACGAAGCAGAUCAGUUGUUGGAUAUGGGUUUCAAAGCUGAAUUGCAAAGCAUUCUUUCGGAAAUCCCUGAAGACCGCCAAACAAUGCUCUAUUCAGCCACUUUGUCGAAGGAUAUAAAAAAGAACUUGGGUCAAUUUGCUCUCAAAAGAGACUACAAGUUGAUUGACACCGUCGGCGAAGAAGAAGUGCACACCAACAUGAAGACGAAACAAACAGCUAUCGUUGCUCCUUAUACCGACCAUGUCACUAUCGUCCGUGAUAUCUUGGAAAAACAUGAAGCAGCUCACAAAGGUAAAGUCAUUGUCUUCUUACCUACUACCAAAUCAACCAUGGCAUAUGCGACCAUUUUCAAGAAUUUGAUGAGAGAGCGUCGAAUCCAUGAACUCCAUUCUCGAAAGUCGCAGCAACAACGAACAAAGAUUUCUGAUCGAUUCCGAAGUGACAGAGGCAAUAGUGUGCUCUUUACCUCGGAUGUGUCCGCUCGAGGUGUCGAUUACCCUGGUGUCUCACUUGUCCUUCAAAUUGGUGUACCUUCUUCUCGCGAGCAAUAUAUUCAUCGUCUCGGCCGUACUGGCCGUGCUGGUCGCGAAGGCGAAGGCAUCAUUCUUUUGGCUCCUUUCGAAAAUCAAUUCUUGACAAACGAAGUCUCUGAUCUACCUGUUCAAAAGCUUCCAGCACCGCAAUUCCCUGAAGAGGUGGUGCAAGAGAACAAUGAAAAGGCUGUCGCUUCCCUACAGUACGUGGAUCCUGAUUUGAUCAACGAAACAUAUACUGCCUAUCUUGGUUAUUAUUCUGGUAGAAUGAAUAUGCUCGGAAAGCCUAGAGAUGAUGCAAUUGAUCAAGCCAAUAAUUUCUUACAAGGACUAGGUGUGAAGGAACUACCUCAAUUAAGUACAUCAUUUUUGAAGAAAAUUGGUUUCGGAUUGAAGGGAGGAGAGGAUAGAAACGAGCGUCGUUUCGGUAGAAGGGAAUACGGUGGUAGAGAUAAUUUCAGAGGUAGACAAGACAAUUAUGAUAACGAUAGAAGAAGAUACAACCGUAGCAGUGAUAGCAGUAAGAGAUGGGACAACAACCGUAGCAGCUUCGGUCGUUUUAACAAUAAUGAUAAUGAUGACGGCAAUAGCAAUAAGACAUGGAACAGCAACCGUAGUAGCUUUAACCGCUUUAAAAAUAAUGAUAAUGAUGACGACAACAGCAAUAAGGCAUGGAGCAGUAACCGUAGUAGCUUCAGCCGUUUCAAUGAUGAUGACGAUGAUACCAAACACAGCUCUAAAAAGUUCGACUUCAAUGGCUUUGGUCAUCGUUCGGACAAAGAUUUCAACAGAAAAACAAGUAAAAACGGAAACCGUUGGGAAGGUCGUGGCAAAUCAAGAAGAUUUUAGUAGACUUCCUCUACUUCCCGUCUUCUAUUCUGUAUAAUUCAUAUUAGUGUUCUAUCUUGUAAAUUAUUUACCUCUUUAUGUUCAUACUGUGUUUAUAUAAUAUAUCAUUGAUACUCUAUUAAGUUUUUAUUCAUCUCUUAAUGCUUCAUUUAUAUUAAAAAAGAGUUCUCGCAAGUAUUUAU